CAAUCCUGAGGAAUUAUCCAUCCACGACCCCGAUUUCUAUAAUGAGGUCUACGUUACCGAGAGUAAGCGGAGAACCAGCCACUACGAUGUCUUUUGCAAGGGGAUUGAUUUUGACGGUACGGUGAAUCUAUAUGUAAUUCUGAAAAAAAAGAAAUGUCGGCGGCAAGUUAAAAACUGAAAAAACAGGAUCGCAUCUCCUCACGGUCGAUCACAACCUCCACCGCAAACGACGAAAGCCUCUCGAGCCGUUUUUCUCGCGCAUGGGCGUGCAGAAACUCCAGCCCAUGCUUGCGCAGGUGGCCUGGAAGUUUGAGCAGCGGUUACGUGCGCUCGAGGGCCAGAGUGUUGUCAUUCGGUUGGAUCAUGCCUGCGCGGCGUUUUCGGGGGAUAUUAUUGCAAAGAUUUGUCUGGACAACGUGGGGGACGGGGAUCGUUUCCUGGAUCAUCCUGAGUUUGCCCCGGAUUGGUAUAACCUGAUCUAUACGCUGGUGCGGUCGAUUCCGUUGUUUACGGGGCUCCCUUGGAUUGUGCGGGUUGUGAGCUACGUUCCCGACUCGUUUCUACUGUGGGCAUUUCCGCGUGGUCAGGUCUUCAACGAAUUCAAAAGAGUCGCUCGAGAGAAUAUUGAUAGAAUAAUGAGCAACAAACCUGCGGCGGAGAAGGAAUCAACCGACACAUCGAGCUCUCUCUUCCACCAUGUUGCUAACAGCGACAUGCCCGAGUCGGAGCGGUCCCCAGAACGCCUUGCCAAAGAAGCGCAAACUCUCCUAGGUGGUGGAACAGCGAGUACGGCCAGGACCAUUGGAUUUGCAUCAUUCUACAUUCUCUCUUGCCCCGAGAUUCGCGCUCGAUUGCAAGCCGAGCUGAAAGAUACCAUGGCCGACUGGCCCGAACGCGUUCCAACCUGGGCAGAUCUCGAGAAACUUUCCUUCUUGCAGGCCAUUAUCAAGGAGUCUCUCCGCUUGAGCUACGGCGUUAUGCACCGUUUACCGCGCAUAUCGCCCGACGUGCCCAUCCAGUACAAAGAUUAUACCAUUCCUCCAGGAAUCCCUGUGGGAAUGUCAGCAUACCUUAUGCACUCUGACCCAGCCGUGUAUCCCGAGCCCGAUAGGUUUAUCCCAGAGCGUUGGUUGGGAGAAAUUGACCCAGCUAUGCAUCGAAAUUACGUACCGUUCUGUCGGGGAUCCAGGAAUUGCCUGGGAAUGAACCUAGCAAUGGCAGAAUUGAGCCUCAGCCUGGCUGUGCUCCACCGUCCGAACGGACCAAAACUCCAGCUCUUUGAAACCGAUGAAAGCGACGUGAAGCACGUGCAUGAUUUUCUGAUCCCCCUUCCCAAAAUCAACAGCAAAGGAGUCCGAGUUUUGAUUCAAUAAUCUAAAUAGACCCGCCCAUUUUAUAGCCAUGAUACAUAGGCCUCCUGCAAUAGAAAUGAAAAUCUAAACCAACCCG